UCAGAACAGCUGAUUACAGCCUCAGCAGCAGUAGUAAAGAGAUGAGAGAGCCCACGCUGUGCCUCAGAGACAUCACAGCCAUCAUGAGCACCAAGACACAUACAGCUAACACACACAUGGACAAGAAAGUCAAAAAAAGCAAGAGCUGGAGGAGUCAGCUCAGCUAUUUACUGAAGAACUCGCAACGGAAAAGACCAACCGCGCCAACAGUGGAGGAACUGGACCAGUGGGCGGAGUCGAUGGACAAACUACUGGGCAGCAGAUAUGGCCGGAUAGCGUUUCACGUCUUCAUGAAGUCGGAGUACUGUGAGGAGAACCUGGAGUUCUGGAUCGCCUGUGAGGAGCUCCGGCAGAUCAAGUCGUCAAAUAAACUCCGCUCCAAGGCCAGGGCCAUCUACGAGGAGUUUGUUAAAUGUGAAUCGCCAAAAGAGGUGAACCUGGACUACCUCACCCGGGACGCCAUCGAGCAGACUCUGUCUCUGGCCAGCCCGUCCCCAUCCUGUUUCACCGGCGCCCAGACCAAAGUCUACAGCCUGAUGGAGAACAACUGCUACCCGCGCUUCCUCCUCUCCUCCCUCUACUGUGACCUCCGCACCUCCGCCACGCAGCGGGACAGACGCGCGUAGCCAGGCACUGAUCUCUGGUGAAUUGCCUGCCACUGAUCUCCCAUCCUGCGGAGAAAGAGAGAGACGCACGUAGCCUAGUACUGGUCACACACGUAGCCUGGUAUUGGUCUGGACUGGAACAGAAAAACGUCUCCGGCAUUUUCAGCCGGGAUUGGUUCACCAGGCAUUGAGAGAGACCAUGAAGCCUGUGACAACAGUUUAGCCAUUUAAUAUGUGCUAUUUUGACUGCUACGCCCAGAAUUGUUUAUUUUUAUCUGUUUCGGCAUCAGAGGCCUUCUGUAGCAGCAUGAGGACUGAUACAUUUGAUGGUAGGGUCUAAAUCAUCCACAGUCCCCCGGGCAAACGCCCUGUAUGCCUUAUGGCCAAUCCAGCCAUGGCGUGGCUCUGAUGUCCCAUCCUGAGGGGAAGGAGACACGCACAGACUAGUCUCCCAUCCUGCAGAGAAGGAGACACGCGCAGAUUACUAUCCCAACCUGACAAGUGGCAGUUGUCCUCUGCUUCCACUGCUGUUAAAAAGAUUUUUUAGAAUUUUUAUUUAUUUUAAUUUAUCUCCAGUGUACCAUUAAUGCAACUCCACUUACACAUCUUUUUUGUUUGUUUUUUUGACAAAUCGCACCAUGUAUACCUAAUGUAUGUCGCAUGAUGCUUGUCUGCCAUCCACUUAAGUGCUGUGGCAGUGUUUCUAUCUACAAGGUGCGAAUCAUAAGAGGUGGUGAAAAGUGACUGGUUUUGAUCCGCCACUAAAUAAAUUGUCAUUCAUAAAUUAAUAAAAAUUCAAUUAUAAUUACUUAAAUCUCCAAAGGGGAUAAGGAUUUCAUGUCGAUGACUGCAACACAAGUUGCACCCUGUAUACCUGAACAGAAGUGGAGACGCAUAGUGUGCACUUACUGUACGCUAAAUGCAGUCUAUGGCUUACAGUAGGCCUACGGUCUACAACACCAUGUUUUCCAUGUUGGGAGUGUUUGAUGAGAGGCCCUGUUAGACUUGUAUGAAACAGCGGCUAUUGACUGUGGCAUGUCAGGGAAGGAACGCUAUAGUUCUAGAAUCCAGUCUAGAAUUCUGUCUCCUCUUUGCCGACUUGUAGUACUAAAACACUGUGACCAACUGUCCUUAAUUUAUGUAAAUAAGCCUGUGAAAUGCAUCUAUGUAUUUUUGUAACAUAUGAACAUAAUUUAUUUGUAUGAAAAGGUGAAGGACUGUGAACCCAUCUUGAUGUACUGUAGUCAACUUGUGCAACAUUUCAGUCUGACGAACUUGAACGUAAUAUCCUUUGGCUUGUCACGACGAGAAAGAUAUAUGUCAUUUCCAUUACGCCAUCGCUCCGUUGGGCCAUUGCACUCGUGUUUACCCAAAGUACUCUAGGAUCGAGAUAAACGUCCCGCGUUACACUCCCCAGGCCUGCGGGGUCAUGGAGAAGAGACAUCUACAAUACAUCUGCACUGCCAGACCUGCAGUAAGAACUGCAGAGCAGAAAACUCCUUGUAUGGUGCCCCAAAGGGGACUAAGUUUCCAAUCCUCCCUCCCCUCUCCCCCCCUAAUCUUUUUCCAGGCAGCUGGACUGCUGUAGUGGUGUACAGAGUGGCAUUUGUAAUUUCACUGUAUUUAUGGUCUUCUAUGCUGUUUGUUUUUUACCUUCAAUAAAAUAUCACCAUACUGUAAACAGACGUGUUUGCUUUGAGGGUGUGGUCAUUGGAAGCACAUAGGCCUACAGGCCGGUAAAAAUAUGCAUGCUGGAGGUCAUCCAUGUUUCCACAGAUCACUUCCUGUGUGAAUGAUAACGCAUUAGAGCAGAUGAAGUCACCCAUGGCAUGCGUGGGGUUAAUGGAACAGCUGAGGGGACCAAUCAACUGAUGGCAGAAGGCAGGUGUAUUGUACAGGAGCUAAAACUAUCAGGGGAGCAAAAGCCAGGUGUGUUGUGGAGCUCAGAUGGCUGGUGUGUUGUAGUUAAAAAUGGUGGGCUUGAACUAUCUGGUGAUUGGUGAUUGAAAUAUAUAUCAGAA